UAAAAGAUUUUAUUUAUCAUCUUCAAUCCGGCUUGCAAUGAAAGAGCCGAAGACGAAAAAGAACAGAUGGGCGUAACUUAUAUGAUUUGCCCAGGGAUGUACAAUGCCUCUGGGGACACAGUCUUUGCGGAAACAUUUCAGUGAUUUUGCAGAAAGGAGCAGCACAAAUCCUCAACGCCAUGCCAACAUGGAGGUGCACACAUGAACGUUGGCUCUCUCUGUCUCUCACUCUUACUCACACCCUCGCUCACACACAUAUUUGACAGACGUACAUGCUGUCGUGUCGCACAUGCGCACUCAGCCUCCAACAGGGAGGCAGCUGCAGAAACACACACACACACGCAUACACGCAUGCACGCGCCUGCAGCCACUGCCUGAUUAGCUUGCGAGUGCUGUCUACAGCAUCCAGGGAAAUGGCGAAAGAGGCAGAGAGCACUGGAGAACGAAUGGCAGCCUAAAGCAGCAGGAUUAGACCUCUGGCAUUUUGGGGCAGCUGAGGCAUGGACUGACUCGGAGCAGAAGACUGGGUUGCGCUGCUGUCGGGAGGCGAGCCGAUUGCCCGUGCACAGGCAGUGUGCAGUUGAGGUUUGGAGAGAGGCGACUCAGACGGGCUGUUGCACCGGUAGUACUGGGCCGGGCCUUUGGAUCUGUACCGUUUGGGAGGGGCAGGCGACGCAAGGAAAAGGAGACUUGUUUUUCCAGACCACUGUUUUGGUGGGAUUCUUCCACUGGAUCGUAUGCUUGGAGGCCUGCCUGCUCGCGUCCCUCUCUGUUUCUUCCAGUCUGUCUCUGUCUCAUUCACUGUGUUCUUGUUUUCCUCUUGCCAUCAUCUGCAUCCCUCUCCUUCUCGAUGCUCCACUUGCCAUCCAAGUUCCCUUCACCGCCGCUGUUCGAGAUCACAAACGUCACUCUCCCUGUUUUCCUCACCUCUGCCAUCUAACUCUUUUUAUUACUGUUUGUCUAGAGAACCAGCUCUUGUGGUGUUGCUUUUUGUUUACAUCCUUCUCAAAUAAACACAUCUUCUCCAUCAACUCCUCUCUGUGUCCUUCAGACGGUCUCGCAUUCCCCUCUCUUUCGCUCUGUCCUUACUCAUUCAGCACUCAUCUACCUUUUAUCCUGCGGUGACUGUAGAUUUGGGUCAGCCUGCUCAGGAAAUGGGAUAAGAUGUAGUCUCCACUGCAGCCAGAUCCAGGGGGGGCUCCUGCUCUGCCCAUCAGGGGGAUCCUCAUCUCUGGAGCACACUGAGGCUGGAGUCUGACUCAGGACUGACUGGGUGCCCUGCUUUGGAGAACUGGAUGUAGACAAAGAAAAUCUGCACAGGCUGCCCCUACCCUCCACCCCUUCCCCAUUCCCCAUUUUGGGGCAGACGCCACUCUGGAGUGUCCCGGUUUGACUGGCUGUGGCCUCUCCCCACGGACCCUGACAACGCCCUCAUGCCACUGGGGCACCCGCAGUGCCCCUGGCCCAAUUCACUACCACACCUCAUACCUGUGCCAUAGGCCCAAACCCCCUGGUUCUCUCAACAUGGGUGUGGUAGAGGCCAUCGACCCGGCACCAUCUCAGUGCCCCUCACCUGUACCGGGGGGCUACAGGCUGCCCCGUUCCUCCAGCUACAGUCCUCUGCAGGGGAGGUCAGGGGCAGAGCUGGACCUCGGUGCAGCUGAUGGAGGUGUGAGGGAGGGAAGUGGGACAACGGCUGAACGUAGGACGCCAUUGGUGGAUCUGUUCUGCGAGACCUGCUCAAGGCCCUGGCUCAUCGGUUGGUGGGACCAGUUCAAGAGGAUGUUGAACAGGGAGCUGUCCCAUUUGUCAGAGAUGAGUCGCUCAGGGAACCAAGUGUCAGAAUACAUCUCCACCACCUUUUUAGAUAAGCAAAACGAAGUGGAAAUCCCAUCUCCGACUCUGAGGGAAAGAGAGAAGCCCAUGUGUCACAUCAGCGGUGUGAAGAAGCUCACGCACAGUUCCAGCCUUUCCAACUCCACCUUGCCUCGGUUUGGCGUGAAGACGGAGCACGAGGAAGCUUUAGCCAGGGAACUGGAUGACUUGAACAAGUGGGGCCUUAAUAUCUUUCGUGUGGCAGAGUUCUCCAAUAAUCGACCCCUAAGCUGCAUCAUGUUUGCCAUCUUCCAGGAAAGAGAUCUGUUAAAAACUUUUCGGAUCCCUGUGGAUACUUUUGUCACUUACGUGAUGACCCUGGAGGACCACUAUCACGCCAAUGUCGCCUACCACAACAGCCUUCAUGCUGCUGAUGUCACCCAGUCCACCCAUGUACUGCUAUCCACACCAGCUCUAGAUGCCGUAUUCACAGACCUGGAGAUAUUAGCAGCUUUAUUUGCUGCCGCCAUUCAUGAUGUAGACCAUCCAGGAGUGUCCAACCAAUUCCUCAUAAACACAAACUCAGAACUGGCCCUGAUGUAUAACGACGAGUCCGUUUUGGAGAACCACCACCUGGCUGUGGGGUUUAAGCUGCUCCAUGAGGAGAACUGUGACAUCUUCCAGAACCUCACCAAAAGGCAAAGACAGAGCCUGAGGAAACUUGUGAUUGAUAUGGUUUUGGCUACAGACAUGUCCAAACACAUGAGUUUGCUGGCAGACCUCAAGACGAUGGUGGAAACCAAGAAAGUGACGAGUUCUGGAGUUCUGAUGCUCGACCACUACACCGACAGAAUACAGGUACUGAGGAACAUGGUGCACUGUGCAGACCUGAGCAAUCCCACGAAGCCUCUGCAUGUGUAUCGGCAAUGGACGGAGAGAAUCAUGGAGGAGUUCUUCAGGCAGGGAGACAAGGAAAGGGAGCGAGGCAUGGAGAUCAGUCCCAUGUGCGACAAACACACCGCAUCUGUGGAAAAAAGUCAGGUGGGCUUCAUUGACUACAUUGUUCAUCCGCUAUGGGAGACGUGGGGAGACCUUGUGCAUCCCGACGCCCAGGAGAUCUUGGACACCCUUGAGGACAACAGGGACUGGUACCAGAGCACAAUCCCGCAAAGCCCAUCGCCGCCUCCUGUGUGUCAGGAAAAGGAGCUAAACAAAUGCAUCGACAAGUUUCAGUUUGAGCUCACCCUGGAAGAGAGCUCUCAGAAUGAGCAGGGACACGGGGACGACAAAACCACACCAAACCACGUGGCAGAAGACUGCAGUGACAUAGACAAGGACGAUGACAAUGAGGACAAGGAAGAUCUGAUGUCAGAGGAGAAGAAUGAGGACAUAAUAGAGGAAGAGGACGAAGUGGCAAUGGAGGAAGAGGAAGGAGAGGAAGAGCUGAAACCUCGGUUAGGUGAGGAGCCACAAAAGGAAAGACUUUAUGACACAAGUCCUGUAGAAGAAGAGGAAGAUUCUUCGUCGCAAGCUGAAGAUACAUGAGGUCUGCUCCUGUAUCUCCCUCCUAUCUUGCACACAUUAUGUUGUUGAUUCUUUAAAUGGACAAACAAAGAACAAAUAUGACUGCAAUGACAAUACAGACCUUUAAGUAUAUUUUUCAAAAAGGGAAUACAUUCAAAAUCGUUCAAAGAGAAGCUAAUUACACAGCAACUGUAGAUUUGGAGUGAUAAGUUCUAGGACUAAUUUCACUAGGAACUUAAGACUAAUGGGAAUCUAGAAGGCCAUUAUUGAUGGGCAAAGGAAGACAGUGUAGCACUCUGGUGACUGGAAUGCACAUAAAUAAACACACAUGAAAUCACACAAAAACAUCCACACAAAAAAUAAAACACAAUCAAAAGUAAGUCGUGUAGAGUACAACAAUGCAAUGUGCAUACAUGCAUGCAGCAAGCCAUGCAGUAUCAUUGCAUUUCGUAUGUACACCUAUUGAUUUAAAAAAAAAAAAAACACACAUAGACUUACACAGGCACCUACGUACACUCGACUGUAUGUUUGUAUGCGUGCAUUUACACAAGGAACAUUGAUCAGUGAUGAAUCUCUUUGGAAAAAGCCAUUCCUUAUUGGUUUAUUAACUCGUGUCUAAGUCAGUAUUAGUAAUUCAUGUCUGUUAGAAUCUCAAUAGAAACUGCUCUCUUCAGAGAAGCUUCGGUGACUUUUUUUUCCAUUUCUGUCGGAAAUAAAGCUUAAAAAAAAAAAGUCCGCAGAGUUGGAGAAAGAGAAGAGCGUAACGUGGAAGCGAAGAAAAGGAAGAUGCUGCGUUGAAGGGGGCCCGGAGAGGCCCCGUAUCCUUUUUCCCUUUACAAGGAGAGUGCUACUGGUGUAAGAUGGCUCUGUGCCUUUGUGAAACAUCAGCUUCCUCACUGAGGCUGUGGUGAAGCAAUGCAUUGUGGAACAGGAGAGUCUGAUUUUUGGAAUCAUUUUUGAUUGUCUCUUGUUCAAGAUCUCUCUUUACUGUUCAUGGUGUUGUGGUGUGUGACUCACACGUACAAGUUUCUGUGGUGACAUGUUUUCUUCAGCUGUAAGUCUUCCUUUAGUUGCUCUUCGGGUGUUAUGACAACUCAGAACUUUAGAUGCAGAGCAAUCACUAACACCCACCACUACCACCACUGGACUCUUUCCAGCUUAUAUAUUUAUUUCCUAUUAGACUGAUUUUAUUAUUAUUAUUAUUAUUAUUUUCUAAACUUUCAGAGAAUAAGCCAUGUGAUGCUUUGAAGCAUAUACAUUUUUGCCUAUUUUAUAUUUGAGAUUUUACUGAAUAUGUUAUAAAGGGAGAGAAAGUUUCAUCAGCAGAACAAAAGUUCAUUUGCUGUCUUCAUUCUUUUGUAUUUUUUUUUUGUCUCCUCAUACAUAGCGAUUCUCACCAAAGUUAAGGAAGACAAUAGACAAGCGUCAGUGGGUGAGUUGAAAUGAAGGAAAUCAGGGAGGCAGAAUGUCAGGGAAAAGGUCUGGCAGUCCCGAAUCAUCCUUUCUAUGUUUGAUGGUUUUUUGCCUUAACGUCAGAUGCAGGAUACAUACCUAUAAGUAUGUAGAUUUAAAGACAUAAUACAGAUAUCCUAGUAUAUUUAUAACACAUCUGUAAACUUAUUUCUGUGCUGGUGUGAAACAAUGUAUUUUGCAUUUUGGAGGGGGAAGUGGGAAACACUGCUGCCAGUUAUUUUUGUCGUGGCUGUGCUUGGAUCAACUAAAAGAAUGUGCUGUUUUUUGUUUUGUUUUUUUUUUAACAAACAAA